AUUACUUUUGUUUUAUAAUAAAUUUUAGGCCAUAUUUUGUGGCGUUACAGAACUCCCUCACAAGGAGUUUGACAUUAUACUUGGCAUGGAUUGGUUGUCAAAACACCAGGCUAUUAUCGAGUGCAAGGAACGAGUGGUGAAACUUCGUACAGCCGAUGGUAACGAAGUGAUCAUUCGGGGAGAACUUCUACCGAAAGCUCCAGAAUUCAUCUCUUAUAUGCAAGCAAAACGGCUCAUUCGCAGGAAAUGCGAAGCAUUCUUGUGCACUGUUAAGGAUAUGCAGAAGGAAACACCUAACCAUAAGGACAUAUCUGUGGUUUGUGAUUUUCCUGAUGUAUUUCCUGAGGAACUUCCAGGUCUACCUCCUUCAAGGGAAGUGGAAUUCUCUAUUGAUCUUGUACUUGGCUACAGGUCCCACACGUUCUGUAACUCUGUCACCAACUCGAUAUCGCGUCGCUUGAGGUCAUUAAAAACACUUGGUAUUCGCCCAAACCAAAAACCAAGCCAUCCGGCGUUCGGGUUGCAGAAACCGGCGUUCGGCUCUCGGUUAUCGGCGUUGGUUUUUGGCGUCCGAACCAACCAAGUGGUUUUCAACUUUUUAUGAUUGGUUUUCACUCUUUGGCAUGUUUAAACGGUUCUCCAACAAAAACACCUUGAAAACCAUCUUUCGCUUUUGGUCGUUUGACAAAAAUCAUUCAAAACGGCAUAAACUUGGCUAGCCGUG